CCUGCAACUGCUUCAUAUUUAUUCUUUGAUUUUCUUUUAGUUUUUGAAUAAACCUGGCAGCUCUAUUAUAGCUUGAAAGUCUUCGGAAGCAAAGUAGGCUCCGUUCAUAUUUCAAAAUAUAUUAGUCCCCAAUACAAUUUUUGUUUUUGCGAUAUAAUUAAUAAUUUAAGGAGAGGGCGUUUAGACCAUAUGUCUUUAGCAGAGAGUGCAAGCGAUCGAUCGGUUCAGCAUUAUGAACUUGAGAAAAAAAUCCUUAAUCAAUUGCUGCUGCUGGAGAAUGAAUUCCGUUCUCACUAUCAUUUCGCGAAAAAGGAACUCGCUCAGCAAAUAGAAUGGAUUAAUCGGUUAUGGGUGAUAUCGCAAAGAUAUAUGCAUCUAACAAGCACUGGACUUUGCUGCAAACAUCCACAAAUUUAUACAUCACCGAUAGAAGAAUCUAUGCUCCAAGAAAUGGCAGAAAAAAUCAAGGCUAUAAAAAAUUCAAACUGCCGCAUAUAUACGUCAGUUAAAGAAUUGAGAGAGUUUUGCACCAUUUUUGAAGAAUUAUGUUCUCAAUUAGAUAUGGCAGUAGAAAGUCCUUUCAUAAUAGGAGAUUCAUCUCACAAACCGUUAGCUUUCUUCAUAGAGUUGGUUAGCGAUUUAUUUAAAUACUUGCAUGCAUCUAUCCUGCGUCAGAGGUACUCAGUGCAUUUGAUUGAACCUUCCGAUUGCGAAACUGUAGCCAAAUAUAAAGCAGUGAUUGAACCUUCAGAGGAUUUCGAAGAGUACAUGUCUGUAGGCCUCACAUAUUGCAGGUGCCUUAUACCGAAACGAAUAUGUUAAUUAAUAUACUGAACUGACAU